UUGAGCCGCAAAAUACGGAAAAACGCACAAGUCUCGCACCGCUUCUAAAUGUUUUGAUUCAGUCCGUGCUUAGUGAAAGUUCUGGGCUGCUCAGUGGUUAUUGUACCAGCAUUUAACAACACUUACUGUAAGUGCUCGAAGUAGUUUUGUUUUUUCAACGGCGUCUUUAAAAAAAAAAUGUUAAGAAAAAGAUACGUGACUAGCUAACAUCCACUGGGCUAACUUAAACUGCCCUGCAAAACUAUUAAGUUUACAUGAGUCAAAUUAAGUUUCACCGAUGGAGAUCACUCCUAAAGCAGCCAAAUUAAAAACGGACUAUUCUUCACCUUGUAGUUCAGUAGAAUCAAGCCCCUGUGAAUAUAAAGAGAAGCGUCAACCAAAGCUGAGUGCCUCGCUGAGGGAGAGACUGAAGAGAUCCAGGCGCUCCUUCAUCUCCCCCCUCUCUGUGGCCAAACGCCUUUGUGUUGAUGAGGAGGAGAAGAAAGGCCAACAAGUUUCAGCAGAUUCUCGGGAGCCCGUUAAUAAUCCUCCAGUGAUUUUAGGCAGUGUUGAUGUAAACAGAAAUGAGGAGAGAACAGGGAGUGAAACGUCUGGACCUGGGCCCAAACCAAUACAAUGUCCUUCAGGAGACUUUGCACAACAUCUCAGGAAGGAGGUGAAAGACAAAACGGAGACUUUACGUAGACUCAAGAUGGUUAAAAUGUACAGAAGCAAGAAUGAUUUAACACAUCUCCAAACACUGAUUGAUAAGUGGCGGAGUUGCGCUCAAGCUGCACUGUACGAACUGCAAUCAGAAAUCACCAUAGAUGGACGAAAAGCCAGCCUGUCCGAGUUGAUUGACCUCUUCAGUCUGGAUGACAGCAUUCUGCAUUUUGACCGCACAGAGGAGGACUUCACUACUUAAUAAGAUAUUACAGAUGGACAGUCACAUUUUAGAUGUCCUGUUUAUUGUUGUUUUUGUUGCUGCUACAGUUUUUUUUUUUUUCACAGUUCAAUUUGUUCAGUUUAUGUGCUGGGAGAAG